CUCUUUGCUCGUGAAACGAAACGUCAAAAUAAAUAUACCAAAUUCAUAACCUCGAAACUUUGUUCUUUCUCCGUUUUCAAACUCUUGUUUACAAGAAUUACAUUUUUUUUUUUUCAAUAAUUUAAUUAACUAACACUAAUAAAAUAAUUUUUCAUAAAUAAAUAGUGAAGUAAAAAAAGCAUAAAAAUGCUGCUCAUACCAUAAGUGCUUAAUAAAUAAUGGAAAUAACUAAAAAAUGUGCAAAGACUCAUAGACGUAGAAAGAGGUUAAUUAAAAAUCGUCGUAAAAACAGAAACAAGUAUUACAGUAAAUUUAAAUUUAAAAAUAAUUAUAACAAUCAAUUUAAUAAUCAUAUAAUUAGUGAUGAUCCAUUGUUUAUAAACAAUAAAAAUAUAAUGGAUUUCAAAGUACCUGACUCAUUUUGGGACACUUAUAAAUUUGCUCAAGAUUGGCAACACAAGCAUCAAGUUAACUGGUGGAAGUCCAAAUGUAUUGCAUUAGAGCAUGAAAAUAAUUUGUUACGUGACAAAAUACGUGAACUAGUUGGUUAUUAUAAUAAUAAUAAUGCUAAUAUUUAUGUAAAUAAACAACAAAGUGAUUCAAAUUAUGAUAAACAAAAAAAUUAUCGAAAUCGUAAUUUUAAAAAUCAAGAAUUAUAUUCAUCAAAACAAAAUAUAGAUAAUUCUAGUGAUCAGAAUCAGUAUGAAGAUUUUAAAAGAUUUGAAUUAGAGUCAAAUGGUCAAUGUCAAUAUUCAUCAAAUAAUUAUCAGUACUUUCAAUAUCAAUACCAAGAUUCAAAUCAAUUUAAUAGUUCUACUGGUCAGUAUGCAGAAGAAGAAGAAAAAGAGGAAGAAGAAGAAUUUAGAGAGGAAGAAGAACUAGAGUUCCAAGUUGAUGAAGGUAUGAUGAAGUUUCUUGAGCAAAGUAUUCGGCACAAAAUGGAACUAAAACGCAAGCGAGAGCUAGCGGCUGAAGAAGCCAAGAAUGACGAGGUUGAAAUAGUUUCACAUGAAAAUGAUGACAAGAUACGUUUAGAAGAAGCUAAACUCCUGUACGGAGUGGCUUGUUCACGGGUCAUUGCUAUAGAAACAACAAUGCAGGUGUCUAUUGAUAAGUAUAAAGCUAAAGAAGAGCCGGAGUACUGGCCUAUUAUACCUCUUAAGCCCUAAUAAAUUAGUAUUGUAAGUAAUAUUUUAAUUUUGAAUUUUU